AUGGCGAACCGCAACCCAUUCGAGGAAUACGCCAACAGAAUCCGACAGGCCGCUAGAGCCGGUGGCCAAGUAAGCUUCUCGCGAGGUACCGGAUUCCCCGGCGGCAGGCCACCCCGCGGCCUCGGCGCUGGCAUUUUUGGUCUCGCUCUUUUGGGUGGCGGCGCAUUGCUCUUUCAGAGUGCCCUGUUCAACGUCGAUGGUGGCCAUAGAGCGAUCAAGUAUACAAGAAUAAGUGGUGUCAGCAAGGAUAUCUAUGGAGAAGGGACCCAUUUCGUGAUUCCGUGGUUCGAGACGCCUGUUAUCUACGAUGUGCGGGCGAAGCCGAGAAACGUCUCCUCCCUAACAGGGACGAAGGACCUUCAGAUGGUCAACAUUACCUGUCGUGUGCUCUCGAGACCGGAUGUCUCGGCCCUCCCUCAGAUCUACCGCACUCUCGGCCAAGACUACGAUGAGCGCGUUCUUCCAUCGAUCGUGAACGAGGUCCUGAAGAGCGUUGUUGCUCAAUUCAACGCCAGUCAAUUGAUCACGCAGAGAGAAAUGGUUGCCAGGCUUGUGCGGGAGAACCUCUCCCGGAGAGCCGCUCGCUUCAAUAUUCUCCUGGACGAUGUGUCUCUGACGCAUCUCGCAUUUUCUCCCGAGUUUACAGCAGCCGUUGAAGCGAAACAGGUUGCGCAGCAAGAGGCUCAGCGUGCCGCCUUCAUUGUCGACAAGGCACGGCAAGAGAAGCAGGCCAUGGUGGUCAAGGCCCAGGGUGAGGCCCGGUCUGCGGAGCUUAUCGGUGAGGCUAUCAAGAAGAGCAAAGCAUAUGUGGAGUUGAAGAAACUGGAGAACGCGCGGGCGAUUGCAGGGCUCCUCCAGGAGGCAGGCGGCAAGAACAGAUUGCUCCUCGACUCCGAGGGCUUGGGUCUGAACGUCUUCGAGGAUUCGGAGAAGAAAUAACGGAUGAUGACAGGCAUGGAAUGGGAAGGCAAGGGGCAAUCUCUACUGUAUGCGUAUUGGAAGACGGGUAGCAGUCCCCAGUGUAACAACAUAAUCAUUAUGAUUUCGGGUUCGCCAAGGCCUCAGUGUCAGUUCUUGAGGACAGAUUGUCCGGGGUUGUCUCGAGUAUCAAGUAUGGCCAACAGCGGACAAUAGGCCUGCCCCCUCAGACAGGCGAAUACGGCAGCGGAAGCCAAUAUCUCGGGAAUCAAGUAUUGCCUUUCCAGUAGAAAC